AUGACCGAGCAGCAUGAGAGCCCCAACAUCGACGACCUGACCCCCGAGGAGGCCAGCCGCAUCAUCCACUCGCACCGGAAAGUACGAUACGGAACCGCGUGCUGGCCUUGUCGUCAACGAAAGGUGAAAUGCGACAACAAGCAGCCUUGUGAGAACUGUGUGAAGCGGGAGCACCCCCAGCUAUGUUCCUACAAGCCAAAUCGAUCAUCCAAGUCCACCGGAGGCUCGGAUGUUGCCUCACACAUCAGCAAGAAGAGGGCCCACUCUCCUGAUGACCAGGACUCCCGCGAACUGAGCAGCGACGCCAAAUCUGAUCCUGCCAUGCGCGCUUUCGGUAUUCCAUUCCGCUCAAAACGCAAGGAUUCAUCAUCUCUGACACCAAUCUCAGUUGACCCCGAAUCAGCUGAGGUGACGAGGUAUCUCGGGCAGAACAGCAUACCGGCAUUGCUGAGAGAACAGACCUCCCCCAACGACCGCCAGGCGGGUGUCGACAACAUCCGACAAGAUAUGCGUUCUAUCUUCGGCCUGGAUAAUUCGGCACCCUUCCCGCUGAUGUCCUCGCGCCACCUGGAAAAGCUGACCGCGGACAUUUCUGCUGAGCUUCCAUCUGACCGCGAGGUUAUGAAGCUGUUUCGAACGUAUAAGGAGAUACCGCAGGUUUUUUGGGGGUUUGUUAUCGACAUCGACGACCUGGAAUCAAGAUUGAUGGUUUAUUUGGAAGAGCGUGCGAAGAAUGCACGAAGUACGGUCAAGAUCGCUAGGAGGCCUGUUUCAGCUUCGUGGUUGGCCAUUCUGUUUGCAGUCCUCGCCGUGGGAUCGCAGUAUCACGACUCACCCUACCACAUACGGACCAGCAGCUCUCAGAGGUAUCUGCAGAUAUCUUUCCAUUUCCUUCGCAUGGGAAACUUCCUCCUCCGGCCAAACUUCGACUCGAUCCAGGCCUUACUCCUCGUGUCAUUCAGUCUUCUCAACGAUAUGAAGGCAGAGGGAUCUUGGGCCUUGCUUGGGCUUACCUGUCGCCUGGCACUGUCGCUUGGUCUGCAUAGGCUUAACAACAACGAGCUUACGGAUCCGGAGGCAAAGAGGAAGGAAAUUAUCCGACGGAAACUCUGGUGGUGUUGUGUAUGGCACGACACUCUCACGUCCCUCUCGUUCGACCGAUCUCCUAUGACAAAUAUUCCCUGUUGCCCGAUUCCGCUCUCAUUGAACGCCGAGAGUAACGGCUUGACCUACCUCGAAGCCAUGUAUCACCUUUGUCAAAUUAUAAACCGACGCCUCAACCCUGACGCCACCGCCGAAGCAACCUUUGUACAGAUCCUCGAUAACUGCCAGGCUACGGAACGGCUGCGCGAGAAAGUCAUUCCCCAGAUCCGGAGCAAAGAGGCUUGCAAGACGGCUGUAGACCGGCUCCAACACUUCGCCAUCAGGCUACAUACCUGCUUUGUUGUCUCCGUCUGCUGUCGCCCAGCAUUGAAGCGAGGCGGUGAAACCAACUCGCUCGAGCCGUCCGAACGAAAGGUGUUGUCUGCAAAGUUUCGGGACAAUCUGACUGAGACCGUCAGGAUGUUCCUCGCAAUGCAUCAACUCUCCGUCAUACCGACCCGAUCCUGGGCAUUUACGUACCACGGCCUCUCUUCCGCCGUGCUUCUGGGUCUCCUGCCCGAGACCAAGUCAGACCCUGAGAUUCGUCAACUUCAGGGCGACCUCAUCUCUGCCUUAUCUGCCACCGCCGCCAAGGAGCAGUCCUCGCCCGUUCCACAUAUACAAAAGAGUGACAAAGAUAUCGAGCUUUCAGGACCAUUAUCGCGUGCGCUUGCCGCUUUGAAAAAUAUAUACGACCACGGCAGCGUCAUGGGCUCUUCAGUAUUCAAGCGUGACGGAGGGACACGAUCUGGGACACGUACGCCUCUGGGCAUGGGCCAGCUCACGAACCCAUCCGCAGGCGCUUCGGACGGCCAGAACCUUCUUCCCGGAGCAACGUAUGCUGCCUCCUCUCUUCAGAGCCUCGACCCUCAUCAAGAUGCGGCGAUGGCGAUGGCGGAGAUGCAGAAUGGGACUGGCAUGCAGGACUUCUCAGGGUUACCGUAUGUCACUGGAGCGCCGUCCCUUGAAGGCACCGAUCUCGCACCGAUUGAUCCGAGCGCCUAUAUUGAGCCUAUGGAACUAUACGACUCGAUCUUCUGGGAAUCCCCCGAUCCUUGGAAUUCGGGGCUCGAUACUAUGAAUUUUGACUUCCUCGCGCAGCCACCUCCAGGUCAGCCGCCACAGCAACAGUUCUACUUCUAG